GGAAGUAUACAUGUACUUCAUAGCACGAAUUACGCGGAAACUACCUACCACAAUGCUGCGGAGUUUUUUUGUAUUUUAUUUGUGUGCAGUGGAAUCUUCAACAAAGACUUUUGGUGAUUUAGUAUUCUUUAAAUCGCAGAGGUUAUUCCCGAUUUUGUAGCAUAUCAAACGUUAAUUGGGAUUAACGGGAAAGGCCUGAGAAAAUAAUUUGCUUGUUUACGCAAUUGGAGGAUAGGGGAGGAUAGGAAGAAAGGGGAAAUGGCGGGAAGCUCGAAACCUUUUAACUUGCUUGUCAUUUCGAAAAUUGUUGUCAUGAUCGUGUGUCAAGUUCACAACAGCAAAGCCUACCCGGGUGGAGCUCCAAUACAAGCCUGCAGCCAUAUGACUCCGCAGCAUUAUCCUGCAAGUCCCCAGACAUCGAGUAGCCCCUAUACCAUGUCAAUAAGUCAUGCAGCCUAUACCCCAGGACAGCAGAUAACCGUCACAAUUUCGAAGGACAGCGCUUCUGCAGCUUUGAAGGGUAUUCUGAUCCAAGCUCGACGAGAAACUUCCAGCGAUGGAGACCCGAUCAUUGGUACAUGGUCGCAUGGGGACGCCACUAAUUUUGAAUAUCUGGCAUGUGAGAGUGCUAAUUCGGCCAUAACUCAUGCUAAUAAUGACGACAAAGCAGCUACUAUUGAAUUCAAUUGGACACCUCCUGAAACCAAUGGAGCUGUCUAUUUCACGGCAACAUUUGUCCAGUCAAGAAGCGUGUUUUGGGUGGCAGAGACAACAAGCAGUAUAGAACGUGAUCCAGCGUCUGACCCUUGUAACCCUAAUCCCUGUCUUUCCGGUGGGGAUUGCAAUCAAAAUGGAGACACGUUCACUUGUAAUUGUCCAGAGCUCACUACUGGAUCAACAUGUGAAAUGACAUUGAACCCCUGUGAUUCGAAUCCGUGUCUUAAUGGAGGAAACUGUACGAACUCUGCGGAUAAUGCAACUUUCUUGUGUAACUGUCCUUUCAAUUAUACAGGAGCUACAUGCCUACCAGAUCUCCCAUCCACGACAGAAUCAAUAAGUGGGACCGUGUUAUUAACAGACAGAUCAUCAACGACAGGGAAUGGCAGGCAGUUGCUAUGCAGUAUGCAUCUGAUGAUGACCGCAUUUAUGGUUUUAAUCGCAUUUUUGUAAUCAAAUAAAUGAAUAUGAAUAAUAUAUUAGAAUGAAAGAAGUAAAAGAAAAACAUAUAGGUAGAAAGAAAGAUAGAAAGAUAAAAAAGAAAGAAAGAAAGAAAGAAAAGGGGAAGAUAGCUGUAAGAAAGACAGGUUGUAGGAACACGGAUUUGAGGGGAGGGGCAACCAAGGAUUGUGCAAUUCACAAUAAAAGAUAUAUAAAUUAUGAGUAAAACAUAUAAUUAAGAAUUUUACGAUGUUGAAAACUAAUAUAGGAUUGAUAUGAAAAUUUAGUCUUAUAUAACAAAAAAGAACGAUCGCAGAUAUAUACACUUUAUAAGAGAGAGGAUUACUGCUAUAAAACUCUAUCAGUAUCGAGAUGAGGUUUACGUAAGAAUACAUUUAUCGUAUUAUUACCCCCUGGUAUUGUAUAUCAUAAUACUUAUUGAGAUAAAAAAGAAAUUAUGAGAAAUAAACGGAACAAUUCAAAUAGACUGAAAAUUUUCCUUUCUUACAUAGUAAGAGCUAAAAUAUAUAUAAAUUGAUUUGAUUUGGUUUCUGCUUUACUGAGGUCUCUGAUGGUCAGUGUAACAUAUUGGAGUAGUAAUUUAUGUUCUUGGAUUAUUUUAAUUUUCACAUUGUUUCAUAUCAAUGACCUUCAGAAGAAGAGUAAUUGCAAGUCAGAAUUUACUUCAACUGAUUUUAUCAAUGAGUGGUAAAAUACCUAGAUAAUGAUUUAUGUGAGAAUUACACGACAGACACUGACAUAGAGAAUCGUUGCUCAGUUUAUCGUCAAUUGUCAAGUAGUUAUAAAAUUGUAUUUUGUUUUAGCUGUUUGUAUGCUUCCAUUGCAAUGACGAUAAAUUCGUUGAAUUUUCAUUAUUGAAUAUGAUUAGGGAAUAUGAAUUGAUUAAAAAGGCAUAUGUGCAUCUUU